UCUUGUUUUGAUUCCUGGCGGUCGCUGGUAAGAUGGCGUCGACGUUGGAGAGGGUUAGGAUCUCUGCCUCCGAACUGCGGGACAUGCUGGCAACUGGAGAAAGCGAGGGGGGCCGAGGGACUGUAAAGGAGAUGAAGGAACCCCGACAGAGGAAGGACAACAGACGUCCAGACAUUGAGAUCUAUAAACCCGGACUAUCAAGAUUGCGAAAUAAGCCUAAACUGGAUCAUUCUGACGGUGGAAUAAAUCACACUGAGGGUUUUCAAAGCGAGAAAGCAAAUGACGGUGAAUCUGUUGUUAACGGGAUAAGCCCGUCUGCUGCAUCCAAAAAUAAUUUUCAGGAGGAGGAUGACCUGGAACACGAUGGCCCACUGUCUGCGAAUGCAGAAACUCUGGAUCGAAAAGGCAACAAGAGAGUCAAGAAACCAGAUCGGCUGAUUUACCAGCCAGGAAGACGUCUUCAGACCCCUGUAAAGGAGUCACUAAGUGAUAUGACAGAAGAUGUUGUGAGGAAAACAGAGCAACUAAAAAUUGUAAAUGAAGAAGCUCUUGAGAAUGCUGUGAAAAAUCACAAGUUUCCUCCAGAAGCUGGGACUAAAGCUAUCAAGAAUGACAAAAACAAGAGAUCAGAAAGAGAUAAAUCUAACCGGGCAGGUGAAGAAAUGUAUUUAUCAAGACAAGAAAAGGAGGAAUGCAAGUCUGGCCAGACUAAACGGUAUUCCCAUUCAGACAAGCGACGGACGCGCACACGAACUUGUAGCACCAGCUCUGCUGGAAGUAACAAUAGCAGUGAAGAAGCUAUUUUGGCUGAGGUGAGCAAGGAAUGUCAGGAAAAAUUGAAGACCGUUGGAGAUAGGAAAGAAAAGGUACGAUCAAAGAAGCAGAUUUCACUCUCUUCUACAGACUCAUUUGAAGAAGAUCACAAUGAGUGGUUGGAUGGACCGAUACCAAACCGAAACAAGGUGAAAAAGAGGCAGGGAUCAACUGAUAAUGGCUACCCAACCAAAGUAGAUGGCUCUAAAAGAUCAAUCAGCAGAGACAAUUAUGAAUUGAAAAAGCAAUCCAUACACCGCCAUAACAAUGAAGAGGAUAGGACCAGGAGACGUGGGGAAAGACCUACUUAUGGCUGCAACACUGAUCUGGAGAAGAAGGAACCAAGAGAAAAGUCAGCUGAACCCAAAGGAGGAAGAGGCAUUCUUAUUCUUCCAGCUAACACAGACUUCUCAUCCAACACUGCUGGAACACAGGAAGUAAGCAGCACCAAGCCACUUCUCAAUGUUUCCACCAAAGGUGUCCGUGGUAGAGGACGUGGUGGAGCUAACCGCCGUCUGUGGGACCCGAACAACCCUGAACAGAAGCCUGCGCUCAAAAAUCAAAGCCCUCAGCUUCAUUUUCUGGACACUGAUGAUGAGUCUGCUCCUUCUCAGAGUGACAACUACCAAUCUGUCCCUCAAACUUCUUUCUACAAAUUUCAGAACUCUGAUAAUCCAUACUACUAUGCCCGUUCACCAUAUGGCUAUGGUAACUACUCUGUGCCAUAUUCUAUGAGCCCAAACAAUAGCAUCUAUCCAGGCGCAUAUUAUCCGGGAUACCCAGCUCAGUCAGGGCAUUAUGACCCUGGAUCAUACUCUGGAAACCCGAUCACACCUGAGGAAAUUGAGCUGCAAGUGAGAACAAUUCAGCAGCAGGAGCUCAGUCAUCGUUUGCGAAUGGCAGAUAGCCAGGAGUUACAGCUUAGUAAUCUUCUCUCCCGUGAUGGCAUCAGUGUAGAAGGACUGACUAAAAUGGCUAUGCUUAGGAAAGAACUACUUAAUAUGUAUGAACACUGUCUGCUCACUGACAUUGAAUUUUGUGACCAGCGCAACGUGGAUCAACUGCUGUGGAAAAAUGUCUUCUAUCAGGUCAUUGAAAAGUUUAGGCAUUUCUUAAAGGAGUCCUCUCCCGAAAGUGAGGAAUUCCACAAGAAGCUGCUGCAGGUGUUGGAUGAGGGUACAGUGUUUUUUGAUGGUUUGCUUCAGAAGUUGCAGACAACCUACCAGUUUAAAUUAGAAGAUUACAUGGAUGGGAUGGCAAUCCGCAGCAAGCCCCUUCGUAAAACGGUGAAGUUUGCUUUAAUUAGUGCACAGCGGUCCAUGAUUUGUCAGGGUGACAUUGCUCGUUACAGGGAGCAGGCUGCAGACACUUGUAACUAUGGAAAGGCUCGAAGCUGGUAUCUAAAAGCACAACACAUUGCUCCAAAGAAUGGCCGACCUUAUAACCAGCUGGCACUCCUAGCCAUAUACACGAGGAGGAAACUGGAUGCUGUUUAUUACUACAUGCGAAGCCUGGCUGCCAGCAAUCCGAUCCUGACUGCCAAGGAGAGUCUUAUGAGCUUGUUUGAAGAAACUAAACGCAAGGCUGAACAGAUGGAACAAAAGCAACAGAAAGAUGCGGAUGCAGGAUCCAAGCAUCAAGCACCAACUACCACUUUCUGGCACACUACAGAGGAUACCACUCGAGUGGAGGUAUGGAUCCAUCCAACUACAUCAAGAUGCCAGAGCAAGGACGGUCAGAAAUCUGAUGGCAUGGACAAUAUCAGCCCAAGUGAUCUGAACAAACGCUUCCUGCUCAGCUUCCUGCAUGCCCAGGGGAAGCUCUUCACCAGGAUUGGAAUGGAAACGUUCCAUGUGGUUGUUGAGAAGGUUUUAAAGGAUUUCCAGGCAUUGCUCCAGCAUAGUCCUUCCCCUGUAGGCAGCACAAGGAUGUUGCAGCUCAUGGCCAUCAACAUGUUUUCCGUGAACAACUCUCAAAGCAAAGGUGGCCUUUCAGAGGGUACUCGCCCAGUAGUACAGGAGCAGGCCACCAAUUUGGGGCUUUCCAUGUUCUCACUUUUGGUGACCAGAUGCAUUCAGUUGCUGAAAAAGCACAGAACAGAACAAUACAGCUCCAUGGCAAAAGAAGCCGGUGUAACGGAGAAUGAUGUAGAAGUAAAAGUCUCUUCUUUACCACCUGAUCUAAAAGAGCUUCUGCCCAGUGUGAAGGUAUGGUCAGACUGGAUGUUGGGUCACCCCGAUACUUGGAAUCCACCUCCCAGUCCAAUGACAAACUGCAAGGAGCCUACACUAGAUGUCUGGAGUGUUUUGGCAGAGUUCUGCAACACAUUGACCUGGGUCAACCAGUCCAAGGUGCCUCUUUAUAAAGACCCUGAUGACGACCUUUCACUACUGAUACUUGAAGAAGACAGACUGCUCUCUGGAUUUGUCCCCCUCCUUGUUACCCCUCAAGAACCGUGCUAUGUGGAGAAAACCUCCGACAAGAUUAUUGCUGCGGAUUGUAAGCGGGUCACAGUCCUGAAAUAUUUCCUGGAAGCACUGUGCGGACAAGAAGAGCCUCUGCUGGCAUUCAAGGGUGGAAAGUAUGUGUCAGUGGCACCCGUCCCAGACGCCAUAGGAAAGGAAACAGGAAGCCCGGAGGGAAACCAACUGGAAGAUCAGGAAGAUGAUGUAGUGAUCGAGGAGUACACAGAAGAUUCUGAGCUGGACAGCAGUGGGGCAGAGCAUGAUUUCCGAGAACUUCGUGCCAAGAAGCAGGUGCUGGCAAGAAAACUAGAGGAGCGGAAACGCCGCCAGCAGAAGAUUCAGGCUGUACUGGAUGGGAAGACCAGACCCCUGGAGUUGGAAAUCCGCCCCUUGUUUCUUAUUCCGGAUACCAAUGGCUUCAUCAACCAUCUUCCAGGCCUGGAGCAGUUGCUUUCAUCACAGAUUUACAUUUUAGUCAUACCCCUAAUAGUAAUCCAUGAGCUGGACGGGCUUGCCAAGGGACAGGAAUUUGAUCAGCGCAGUGCCGGACACACUCGCUCACUUCAGGAGAAAGCCAAGAAAGCCAUCCACUUUCUAGAGCAGAGGUUUGAGGCUCGAGAUCCUAAUCUGCGAGCACUUACAAGCCGUGGCAAUCAGCUGGAGUCUAUCGCCUUUCGCAGCGAGGAUAUUUCUGGGCAAAAGGGCAACAACGAUGACCUGAUCUUGUCCUGUUGUUUGCAAUACUGCAAGGACAAUGCAAAAGAAUUCAUGCCAUCAAAUAAAGAUGAUCCAAUACGCCUGAGAAGAGAAGUUGUCCUGCUAACUGAUGACCGUAACCUCCGAGUCAAGGCCCUGACCAGGCACGUCCCAGUGCGAGACAUCCCUGCGUUUCUCAAGUGGGCCAAAGUAGGGUGAAGUAGCCACAUGUCAGAAAGGAAGGAAUCCUUGUGUGCAAGAAAAAGAAAACAAAGAGAAGAAUAUCCAGUGUGUGACCCAUUGGGGCAAGAAGUCGAUACAGUCAGUCCUGAUCUAACCAUUCAAUGCCCUGUGUCAAAGCACACAAACGCUCCCCCAGAUUCCAGCCUGCCAUCUGAAAUAAACUAGAGCAAAAGUAAAUGUUCUCCUCUUGCACCCUCAGCGGGAGCUUGCUGUAGUUUCCGAUGGAUGGGGGUGUACGGAUAGGAGUGUUAAUGUACGUUGGGUCUGAUUUGAUCAGCAAGGGUGCAGAGUCUUUAUAGGCUAGUAGUGGCAGCUUUGACCAUUUUUCUUUUCUCCUGUUGGUGGCACAGGUCCCCUUCUCUAGCUUUAUUCUUUGUGCACUAGUGAUGCCUAUGACAUUUUACAGGCCUCACUGGUAUUGGCGACUCUAGUUCUUUUUUUUUUCCUCAGAGGCUGGCUA